CUAAAUCACACGAUAUUAUUGGCUGUAAAUAGAUUUUUGCUAUAAAAGGUGAACUGGCGCAUCGUUAAAAAUUGUGGAGCUUGCUGAGGAUUAUUUUACUUGGAAAAAUUGUUGCUUCUACCCUAGAGAUAACCAUGAGACGGUUUAUUCUCUGCUUCACUGUCAUCGUGCUGGCAAGUGUCGCAGUCGAAGCCCUGCCUCAAGGCGGUGGUGGUGGUGGUGGUGGUGAUGCUGGAGCUGGAGCUGGAGCAGGAUUCGGCAUUGGCGGUGGAGCUGGAGCAGGAGGUGGUGGCCAAGGCGGCGGAGGUGGCCAAGGCGGUGGUGACGCCGGAGCCGGGGCUGGCUUCGGUUUCAGCGGCGGAGCUGGUGGUGGCGCCAAUGGAGGCGGUGGAGGUGGUGGAGGCAGAUGAUGACUUCAUCUGCAUUGGACUGUGCUGGGAAAUUUCGAGAUGUUUAUAAUGCUCCUGCAAUUGAUGCGUUAUGUUAAUGACCUUGGAUGUUUUUAAAUACUCUUAUUAUUGCAAAUGAAUGCGAAUAAAAAAAUGUUGAUUUUA